UUCCAUUCCCUCCAACCCCUCCACAAUGGGUAGUAUUCAUAACGGCGUUCCCAAGGGAACUUUUUUGUUCACUUCAGAAGCCGUGGGUGAGGGCCACCCAGACAAGAUUGCUGACCAGGUCUCUGAUGCUGUUCUCGAUGCCUGUCUCGCUGAGGAUCCAAUGUCCAAGGUCGCCUGUGAAACAGCCACCAAAACCGGUAUGAUUAUGGUUUUCGGUGAAAUUACCACCAAGGCCCACCUUGAUUACCAGAAAGUUAUCCGGAAUGCCAUCAAAGACAUCGGCUACGAUGAUUCUUCUAAGGGCUUCGAUUACAAAACCUGCAACGUCCUCGUUGCCAUUGAGCAACAAUCGCCAGAUAUCGCUCAGGGCCUCCACUACGAAGAGGCUCUAGAGAAACUGGGCGCUGGCGACCAGGGUAUCAUGUUUGGAUAUGCCACCGAUGAAACUCCUGAAUUAUUGCCCUUGACAAUCCAGCUAGCCCACAAACUUAACAAGGCCUUGAGGGAUGCUCGUGUUGAUGGCACUCUUCCCUGGCUCCGACCUGACACCAAGACCCAAGUCACUGUCGAAUACGCUCACGAUAAUGGCGCUGUUAAGCCCCUCCGUGUAGACACAGUCGUCAUAAGCGCUCAACACAGCGAAGUCAUCAGCACGGCGGAUGUGAAAAAGCAAAUCCUGGAGCAGAUUGUCAAGAAAACCAUCCCAGCGAACCUCCUCGACGACCGCACUAUCUACCAUAUCCAACCCUCAGGUCUAUUCAUCAUCGGUGGGCCCCAGGGGGAUGCCGGUCUUACCGGCCGGAAAAUUAUCGUCGAUACCUAUGGAGGCUGGGGUGCCCACGGCGGUGGUGCCUUCUCUGGCAAGGACUAUUCCAAGGUCGAUCGUUCUGCUGCCUACGUUGCACGAUGGAUCGCCAAAUCGCUCGUUCACGCAGGUCUCGCCCGUCGCGCUCUUGUCCAGCUUUCAUACGCUAUUGGUAUUGCAGAACCCCUCUCGAUAUACGUCGAAACAUACGGUACAUCCUCAAAAUCUUCAGAGGAAUUGGUCCAAAUCAUCCGGAACAACUUCGAUCUACGACCCGGUGUCAUUGUUCAGGAACUCGACUUGGCCAAGCCCAUCUACUUCCAAACCGCUAAAUACGGCCAUUUCACCAACCAGAACUUUUCAUGGGAGAAACCCAAGACCCUUAAAUUCUAGAUGUCCGCUGUUUACACCUGCUUUCUUUCUCGCAUAAGCGGGACGAUUCAUCAUGACUCCGACGAUUUUGCUUUGUUUUCAACAACUCAAAGCGCCCACAUAGACUAAACAAAAUACUCUUUUUCCUUGUCCAUUACUUCCCCUCCUCCAGUUGAGAUUUAUUCUAUCUUGCAUGACUUUUGGCAUAUCGAGCCUCACAUAUCUGCGAAGAAGGCUUUGGAAGAACAAUUCAACAUAUGAUACCAAUUAAUGAUUUCGUUUUCACGGUUUAUUCAUCAAAGGGCGUUUGCGGAGUAAAAGUCUUCAACAUCUUUUUCUCCACCAGGCAAAGAUAUAGAGACAGGGACACGAUGUUGUGUUUUCUUUUCAGCUUUGAUCUAUUCCCCAAAAUUUACUAUAUCUUUUUUCCUAGGUGGAAUGACUUGCUAGGGUCCAGGUUUGAGCUGCUUUAAUUUUAAAGCCCUCACUGGAAUCGGUGGGUCAAUUCUCGGUUUAUCGCAAGGGGUGGUUAAACCCCCUGUGUUGUUGUAUAGGACAACAGUACCUGUUUGUAAUCUGACUGGAACACCCACACACACACGCAUGUGCUAUGUUCAUACUUGCCCGUUAAAAUCAUAGUUAGAUGUGUCAAAAGAAAUAUGAUGGAGCAAGUUAUGAAAACU